CAAUCACCAACCAGUGUAAACAAUGAAACAGAUGCAAGUAAAAACAAAAAAGAUAGAGCAAAUGUUAAUAUAAAACACAAACAAACACUCUUUCGUGAAUUUAGAGGAAGAAAGAAAGGCAAAGUCGCACCUGGUUUUCUUUGGUAGUUGAGAAAGGGAGUGAGAUUUCAAUGGCGAAAAAAGCAGUGCUGAUUGGAAUCAACUACCCAGGAACGAAGGCGGAGCUGAGAGGGUGCAUAAACGACGUGUGGAGGAUGCACAGGUGUCUGAUCCAUCGAUACGGCUUCUCGGAAAACGACAUCACCGUUUUGAUUGACACGGACAAGUCCCACACGGAGCCUACGGGGAAGAACAUUCGGUCAGCGUUGACCAGGUUGAUACGAUCGGCGAAACCAGGGGACGUGUUGUUCGUUCAUUACAGUGGACACGGUACUCGCCUCCCUGCGGAAACUGGAGAGGAUGAUGACACUGGCUACGAUGAAUGCAUUGUUCCUUCCGAUAUGAACCUCAUCACUGAUGAUGAUUUCAGGGAAUUUGUAGACGGGGUACCUAGAGACUGUAAGCUCACAAUUGUAUCAGAUUCUUGCCACAGUGGUGGUUUAAUUGACGGAGCUAAGGAGCAGAUAGGAGAGAGUACAAAGGGAGAAGGGCACCAUUCUGGCUCUGGUUCUGGCUCUGGCUUUGGAUUGUCAAGCUUCCUUCGUCAUACUGUGGAAGAUGCCAUCGAGUCUCGUGGAAUUCAUAUCCCCUCAGCAUUGCGCCGUCGUGGACACAACAAUGAUGAUGAAACCGAAGCUAGAAACAUUGAACCUUCACAACAACACGGCUAUGUAAAAAAUAGGUCAUUGCCACUUUCUACCGUCAUCGAUAUACUCAAGCAGAAAACUGGGAAAGAUGAUAUAGAUGUUGGGAAAUUGAGACUUUCGCUUUAUGAUAUUUUUGGGGAAGAUGCUAGCCCAAAAGUAAAGAAAUUCAUGAAGGUUAUCUUGAAUAAGCUCCAACAUGGGGAUAGUGGGAGUGAAAAACAUGGUGGAAUCUUGGGGUUGGUGGGUAGUCUUGCCCAAGAGUUUCUGAAGCAAAAGCUGGAUGCAAACGAUCAUGGGUAUACAAAACCUGCCAUGGAGACGAAUGUAGAAAGCAAAUAUGAGGCAUAUGCUGGAUCAACCAAGUCCGGUCUUCCAGAUGGUGGAAUUCUGCUGAGCGGUUGUCAGACUGACCAAACUUCUGCUGAUGCAAGUCCUUCAGGAAAUUCUGCCAAUGCUUAUGGAGCUUUUAGCAAUGCAAUACAAGCUAUCGUUCAGGAGACGGAUGGUACAAUCACAAAUCAAGAGCUUGUUUUGAAAGCAAGAAAGAAGCUGAAGAGUGGAGGUUUCACUCAACAACCGGGCCUCUAUUGCAGUGAUGACCAUGUUCAUGGCCAUUUUGUGUGCUGA